AUGGCGGGCAGAAAGCGAAAGGCACCCGCGUCAAACAGCGCCAACUCAUCAAAUGAAGUUUCUGCUGAUCCCUCUACUCAAGGCAUUGCUCCCCCGGCAAAAAAGGGUACAACAACCCGCAGCAAACGAGGCAAAGCAGCAGCAGCUGCUACCUCGGCACAAAGUCAGGCUGCUGGUGGUGAACUAUUAAAUACCUAUAUAUCUUCUGACACGAGUUCAAAAGAGGAUACUGUUCCUACAGAGCCUCCUCCAGAACGUCGGGAAACUACACCAACUAAGGUUCCUCAGGCGACCAGGUUCUCUACAAGGCUAAAAGCACGUAAACAGACACCGGCGCCGGAACUACCUCCGCAAGCAUCUCCUGAAUCUUCGACUGGGCCUACAGACUCAAACAUCACUGCCAAUAACAUACAAACCGAACAGAGUUCAGCAGGCUCUGAUCCAAACCAGACAUCACGUUUGACUCCUAAGAGCAGUGAUACAGAGACCAUAAAGUCUGAUAAACAACUGACCUUACCACGUACUCGUGGUCGGAAGCGAAAGCUUGAACAAGCUAACACAGAUACCUCUCUCACUGUUGCAAAGAAAGCAAAAGUUGCAAAGGAGUCUGCAUUUAACGGGGAAGUGCAAGGCACCCAAGGCUCGGAAAGCAACCAAAACGAAUCUGCAGAAAUGACCCACACUGAAGACGGUAACCGCACAGGCUCAAGGCAGAAUGGAACCGCUAGCGGCUCAGGUACUACAAGCCGCGGAAAAGGUGGUCGCAAAAAGAAAGGCAAUCUCAAGAAUUUGGGCAGCUAUGCGAAAAAAGGUAAAGGUAAUGGUGGAAAGAAGGGAAAGGAGAAUGAGGAGGAUUCUGAUAUCGAACUGGAUCCUUCUCUUCCACUUACGGCCAUUGCCCAAAAGCUUUCUGAUCGGCAGAAAGUAUUGAAACAGAAUUUCAAGAAACUCGGAGCUACUCACAAACUCAUUUUGAGCGAAUUGGCUGCACGUUCACACAGGGAUCUUGCCCGUGAUAAAAAUGCCCACCUUAAGGUUCCUGAGUUCGAGGAAGUAAACUCCCAGCUUCAAGCUGGCCUGCAAAAGAGACUGGAUAUUUUAGAAAACGAGCACCGUCUUCGUGUGCAACAGGCGGACAUCGUCAAGGAGGCCGAAACACAAAUCAUUCAAACCCGAUAUGAAGCCAAUGCUUUCAACAUCCAAGAUGAGAUUUUUCAUGCCGCAGCAGGCGAAUACAUGCAGGUAGUCGAAGGACAACAGCAUGCAGGGGAUGAGGAGCAUACAGAGCCCGAUGUUGAUGGCCCCCAACCAGUCCCAUCCAGAUCUGCCACCGCAUCUGAACAACCCACUGGAUCUAAUUAUGAACACGAGCCAUUUUAUCAGAACGAACAGAAAGUCGCUCGUGGUUAUACCUCUAAAAUCAUUCGAAAAAACGCUGAGGCCAGAGCAGCAUACGAGAGUGGGAAACAUGGCGCAGAUGAUUUCUUGCAGCGCGCGAAGCUGAACGAGAUCAGCCAAGAAGAAGAGUCUACUGUCGACAAUAAGAUGAAAGCUCUUCUUCAUGCUUGUGAAGAUGCUCUUGCUGGCUUACCUGGGCGUUCGCUCUCCGUCGGUAAUACUGAUGCUUUGUCUGCACUGGCAGAUGCAGCCAGUACACAACAGCCCAUGUCGGCGAUCCGAUUGACCGCUUUCCCAAUCCCAUUGCAGUCGACAUCAGAUCAACAACAGCUACCAUCAUUCAUGCAGCCAGAGCCGCAGAUGCCACCACCCAGGCGACCAUCUCUCCCUCCAUCACGUGGUUUCCCGGAUGUGUUUACUAUGGGCACAAGGCGUCAGCUACCACCACUGCAAGGUGGUCCUCUCCCACGAUAUGGGUCAGGACAACAACACCAAUUUCAUCCUGUACCCGCUCCGGCUCCGCCAGCAAGAACUCCUGCAAAUAUGCCACCUCCAUCUUAUUUCUAUCCGAAUAACUCGCAUGGAAACCCUUAUCAAUGCGGGCCAACGCCUCCGCCUCCACCUCCACCAUCUGCUCCCCCUCGUCGAUAUUAA